UUCCCCAAACCUCGGCCCUGUCGCGCGCCCGGCUCGCGCUCGUUCCCGUGGUCCCUGGGCCCCAAGAGUUCGGCGGCGUCUGCGCGCGCGCUCGCUGCUUAGCCUGGUCCCCGCCCCAAACGAGCCGGGCUCCCAGAGCUCCACAGCCAUGUGCUCUUUAGCGUCGGUCGCUACCGGCGGCCGGGGCGCUGCGGAGGAGGAGGAGGACCUGCCAGAACUGUCCGACAGCGGUGACGAGGCCGCCUGGGAGGAUGAGGACGAGGCCGGUCUCCCCCGCGACAGGCAGCACACCCCCUGCCUGUUCUGUGACAGGUUAUUUACAUCUGCUGAAGAAACAUUUUCACACUGUAAGUCUGAGCAUCAAUUUAAUAUUGAUAACAUGGUCCAUAAACAUGGACUUGAAUUCUAUGGAUAUAUUAAACUAAUAAAUUUUAUUAGACUUAAGAAUCCUACAGUUGAGUAUAUGAAUUCCAUAUACAAUCCAGUGCCUUGGGACAAAGAAGAGUAUUUGAAGCCGGUACUAGAAGAUGAUCUUUUACUUCAGUUUGAUGUAGAAGAUCUGUAUGAACCGGUGUCAGUCCCAUUCUCAUACCCCAAUGGACUCAGUGAAAAUACCUCUGUUGUUGAAAAAUUGAAACAUAUGGAAGCCAGGGCACUAUCUGCUGAAGCUGCAUUAGCUAGAAUGCGUGAGGAUCUGCAAAGAAUGAAACAAUUUGCUCAGGAUUUUGUGAUGAACGCAGAUGUCAGAACCUGCUCGUCAUCUACUGCCAUUGCAGACCUCCAGGAAGAUGAGGAUACCUUCUCAAUAACAUCUGUUUUCUUAUUACACCAGAUAGUUUUGGAUGUUGGUUGUGGAACUGGAAUUCUCUCUAUGUUUGCUGCUAAAGCUGGGGCAAAGAAAGUUCUUGGAGUUGAUCAAUCUGAAAUCCUUUACCAGGCAAUGGAUAUCAUAAGACUAAAUAAACUUGAAGAUACUAUUAUACUAAUUAAAGGAAAGAUUGAAGAAGUUCGUCUUCCUGUAGAAAAAGUGGAUGUCAUUAUAUCUGAGUGGAUGGGCUAUUUUCUUCUUUUUGAGUCUAUGUUAGAUUCUGUCCUUUAUGCAAAGAACAAAUACUUGGCAAAAGGAGGAUCGGUCUACCCUGAUAUUUGCACGAUCAGCCUUGUGGCAGCAAGUGAUAUGAAUAAACAUGCUGAUAGAAUUACUUUUUGGGAUGAUGUCUAUGGCUUUAACAUGUCCUGCAUGAAGAAAGCAGUUAUUCCAGAAGCUGUUGUAGAAGUUUUAGAUCCAAAGACGCUUAUUUCAGAUCCUUGUAGCAUUAAGCAUAUAGAUUGCCAUACAACAUCUGUCUCAGAUUUGGAGUUUUCUUCAGAUUUUACCCUGAAAAUCACAAAGACAUCAUUGUGCACGGCAAUUGCUGGCUACUUUGAUAUAUAUUUUGAGAAGAAUUGCCACAAGAGAGUCUUGUUCUCUACGGGCCCCCAGAGCACCAAAACACACUGGAAACAAACAAUAUUUCUAUUGGAAAAGCCAUUUUCAGUUAAAGCAGGUGAAGCCUUGAAAGGAAAGAUCACAGUCCACAAGAAUAAGAAAGAUCCACGUUCUCUCAUUGUGACCCUCACAUUGAAUAAUUCAACUCAAACUUACGGUCUCCAGUGAAAAAGCAACAGCAGCACAACUAACAGUUUUUAUUGUGGAGUUGGGAUGGGUAGGGGGUAGGGGUAGGGGCUUAAAUGGGAGCUCAGAUGAUGAUCCUUUCCUAAUGAGUCUCCUCAAUAGAAUCGUGAUAGGAAUCCGAUGUCACGCAGCUAAGGAGUGGAAUCCACGGAUCCUAGUGUCCACCUACAUAAGCACAUUCUUAGAAGCCUGGUCAGUGAGAUUUAACCAAAUGUAGCCCCUGCACUGAGUUUAGCGAUAUUGAAAAUUAUUUCAAUUGGCCUAAAUUUAAAACAGAAAUAGCCUUUUGGUUUUGGUAAGUUUCCUACUAUAAAUUUUAAACACUAGUAAUUGAUUAGUUGUUUCGAUAAUGUUUUAUUAAGCUAGUAACUAUACAAAAGGCGUUACACAUUUUAUUGCAGAUUUCCCCUCUGAGGAGUAGUAGUUUUUAAUUGUGUUAUUUGUUAGAAUAUUGCGACAUAUAAUAAAGACCCUAGUGUAAGGGACUAAAAUAUGAAAAAGAGUAUCACAUAGUUCACAUUUGAAGACAGCUUAGUUGAUUAUCCUGUAGUUACCUAGCUUUUGUAGCUUCCUCCCUCUUCACAAUUAUUCUUUAACCAUUUAGUUUUCUAGUGUUGCCCAGGAAGUGUAAUUUCAAUAUAUUUAUCUUAGGCUUCAUAAAAGUUUUUAAAGAUUGAAAUAAAUAUGUACUUAUUUACUAAUAUAAUACCUUUUUCAAACUAGAUUUAUGUGCAAAGUUAAACAUGUAACUGUUAAUAUACUUAUAUCACUAUACAGUUGUGUCAUUUACAAUUAUUGACUCAGUUUGAAAUGUAGAAUAGAAAACAUUUAAUAAAAUGUAUACAACAACCA